ACCAGCAUAGAUGAAUCUUCAGUCUUCAUCCCUUCCAUAGUUCCAUUUGCAUACAAAACCUUUUAUACAUCUCUUCUUAUGGCCGGAGAAUCUUAUCACUUGGGAUUUCAAAGUGAAAUUGACAAGGAUGAGCAGCGAAGCAUACCACUCACUGUUCCUUUGGCUACAGAAAUUCCGGUCAUCGACCUCCGCCGAUUGCUUGCCGCCUCCACCGAUGCCGACCUCUCUGACCUCCGCUCCGCUCUCAGCUCCUGGGGUUGCUUUCAGGUAGUAAAUCAUGGCAUUGAAAGCUCUCUACUAGAUGAGGUGCGCAGCAUCAGCAGAGAAUUCUUUCAGCUGCCGAUGAGCGAGAAGCAGAUAUACGCCGGCGAGGAAGAAGGCUACAAAAUCGACCAACUGGUCACCGACGACCAAUUUCCCGACUGGUCCCACAACUUACGCCUCCGUAUCUUUCCAGAAGAUCGCCGAAAACCCAAAUAUUGGCCUCAAAAUCCCGAUUCUUUCAGAAAGGUGGUGGUGGAAUACGGUGAUAAGUUGAGAGGGGUGGCAGAAGAAAUACUGAAAUUAACGGGCAAGUCAUUGAAGCUAGGUGAUGAGGAGAGUUUUGUGAAGAAAACGAGCGGAAUGUACGCACAAUUCAACUACUACCCUCCAUGUCCGAAUCCCGACCGAGUUCUGGGAUUGAGACAACAUUCUGAUUUUUCGAUGAUAACCAUUCUGCUGCAAGACGAUCAAGUCCAAGGCCUUCAGCUGCUCAAAGACGACAACUGGUUUGCAGCUCCUACAAUGCCUCACGCGCUCCUCGUUUUCGCUGGGGAUCAACUCCAGAUAAUGAGCAAUGGGAUAUUGAAGAGCUGUGUGCACCGGGUUGUUAGAGGGAUCAGGUCGGAGAAGGAGAGGUGCACGUUAGCUGUGUUUUGCUCCCCAAAUUUUGCGGAGGAGAUAGGGCCGUUGGAUGAACUGGUCGGCGACGGACGCCCAAGAUUGUACCCAAAUAUUACCAACUAUGUUGCCUUUGCCUACCCAUACUUUUACCAAGGAAAGAGGCCUAUUCAUGCUCUUACAAUUUAAUUUAGUUUGCAUAGUCACAAUGAUCAGCGACGUCUUUAAUUUCCAAUUUUCUUCUUUUUAGAAUAAAUAUUCCUUUGAAUUUGAAAGGAUGAAUGGAAAUAAUAACGAUUGAAUAUUUGAGGAU